GAGAAUGAUAAAAACGAAAAAUUACUCAUUCAAUUGAAUUCGCUUUCGAUUGGUGCAAUAGACAUUAAGUGUCAGUCCACGGCUGAAUCGAGCAUUUUGGUAAUCGGCUGUCAUAGAAAAAAUUUUGACCUAUCUUUUUUAAGAUCGCAAAUGAAAGAGCGUGUAAAGAAACCUCUGAAUCCAAAAGUUUAGCCCUGUCUGACUGACGUUUGAAUAGAUAUGAGAGAAACAUUGAAAGUAAUUCGAUGACACUCUAAGCAUAAUCAUCAUGUUUUUCAUGUCUUUUUUCGUGUUUUUUAUAGAAAACGUUUUGUAAAAGGUAUGGGCCGACAAAAAACUCUGAUGGCUUCGAUAGAGUAAAAAAACUGCACAAGAUACAUCUAAACAAGUAGUAUUAAAGUUAGCGCAUAGUGCUCUAAUUUAGGUCGGAAGAUAAAAAAAAGUACUAUGCUUCUAUGACAUUUCUCUGUUAUUUUCGAAACAUCUCAAUUGAACGGUAAUACAAAUAUGAUUGUUUUCCAUUAUGAAGGCUAAGCAAUAUAGAAAAUCUUGCAUCGACUUGAGAUACUAGUUGAGAGGUGUUGUAUACUUCAUAAAUCAAGGAUGUAGAAAAUGCAAAGAAAGAUGCGAGAUAUGUGUUUCUUUAAGAAAAUAGUGAAUCUCUUCAAGAAAGCGCACAUCUGUCGUACUUUGAUCUUCUAAUAAUUUAAAAAAUUUUUUUUAGUCAAGGAUCCUACUGAAAGAUACUCUACAUCUGCCAGAUCUCUUCUACAUAUUCCCUCGACCGAAAAGAGGGUCUUACGAAAGAAAAUGCGUUUGUAUAUAUGUUUGUUUCGUUCACUUGACGGAUGUUGCAAAAAAUUCCUGGACAAAAGUCAGCGGGUGUGAGUAUGAGUGUGACUCUAAGUAUGGGUGGGUGUGGAUGUGGGUGGAGGUGGGUUAAGAGAAGAUUCUCAGUAACACUCACCCAUCGUCAUACAUCCACACCCACCUACACCCAUACUCACAUCCAUUAAGCAUGCGUUCACUUAAUUUGAACAUUCACUGUUUAAAAAAAAGCGUGCAUGAACUUUCCGAUAUUUUUCUCUCAUGAAUUGCCGAAUACUUUUCUCCCAUAACCUUUCAUUGCAUUGAACAAGUGUUUUCUCUUCAUUUGCUUUAUGAAUUAAGUACAAUUCGAAUAAUGUUCGUUCGUGGCGACAUUCUUUCCUUUUUUCUCUUUCAUAGAUAUAAAAGGUUGAGCAUGUAUGAAAGAAUGCAGGGUAGGCCAAAAGUCACUAUACCGAAGAAAAAAACGAAUAUCUCCAUUACAGCUCGAUCAAAUGAGCUGAUCUUUUAUCAAUGAUAGAGGAAUGUUCAAGCUAUAUAUCCAUAAAGGCAUACCUAGAGAGACCUUUUGUUAUGUAUCACAAUUGACCUCAAUAAAAAGAUUUUUGCUUUUUCAGAUAGGAAAAAAAAACAAUAUAUAGGGUGUCCAGUAAGUCAUGAAAUAGACGCACUAAAAAUUGAAUAUCUCCAUUAUAGCUCGACCAAAUGGGCUUAUUUUUUUACCAAGGAUAGAGGUAUGUUCACACUCCAAAUUCAUACGGACAAGGUCAGUGAGAACCUUUGUUAAAUAUCACUAUUGACCUCAACAAGAAAAUUUUACUUGUUCACAGAUAGGAAAAGAAAAGAAUAUGUUCACCAUAGUUUCUCACUAAUCUCGCUCAUCCAAAUUUGGAGUGUAAAUAUGCCUUUAUCUUUAGUAAAAUAAUCAACUCGUUUGCUCGAGUCGUAAUGGAGAUAUUGAUAAAAAUCUUUUUCUUUAGACCGAUAUUCGUCUUACUAAAAGAAAAUCUUCUUAGUCGUGAUUAUAAUACAUUAGCCAGUCUUUGUGAUGAUUCUUUACGUCGUUAUGAAAAUAAUGAAGAUGAAAAUAAUUUAAUCUAUCAUCUAUUUUCUCGUAAUCACGUUACGCGAAUAGCUGAAUUAAUUAUAAAAUCCAUUCUUUUUUCAAUGAAGUAUGGUUCAAAUAAGGGUGAUAAACGUUUUUCACAUUUAAUACAAAUCGUUGAAUUUUAUCUUCAAACAUUAGAUUCAAUUACUAAUCAUUUACAAGAAAUUCCAUGUUGGAUGCAUUUUGAUUGUUUAUAUCAAAUAACGGCACAUUCAGAUAAACCAAUAAGUCUAAAAUUAUAUCCUCUUAUUGAACAAAUUGUUAAAAAUUAUUCUCAAUCAAUUGUUUAUCUAUUUAAAUUAAGUUAUGAAACAUUACAAUAUCCUCUUACUGAUCCAGUAUUAAAACGUAAUUUAGAAAGUGGAUGUGGGUGA